AUGACCUCUCAGCCAAAAGACGUGAUUGAACCGCCUUGGUAUCCGGCCGCGCCGUCCCCGGAACCGUUGAAAUUACGAGUCAUCGGUUUGAUUCCACAUCUGAAGACUAAAUUCAGCACACGUAAACCGCUCGAUGCUCUGCUCUCAUCAUCAUCAUCAUCACCCAUAGGGACUUUGACAGAUAUCACACGUCAUGUGUUCUGUCGACCGGCAUCCCUACGUAGCCCGGGUGAACGUUCACUCGAUGUCUCGCCGUCGUCCGGCCCGGCAUGUCUGUCGACAAUGCAACGGGCCCCGGAUGAAUUGGAAGAAUUCUCGUUCUUUCAAAAUGGUCCUUUGCACGGUCUGCAACCCAACAUGCUAACCUACGCAGCCGGAGGUCUCGGCGCAAGGUUUGGUUGGUCUGAUCAGAUUGUCCUCGCCUUGGGAACAUUGCCCGGGCUUCCAGCCUCUAUUGUCCCAAGUAUUUACGGUCCGGUGUUCGGACCAAAGGAGAAGAGUUGGCCUUGGCGGGACUGGAGAGGACCAACAGUUCGACGCUGGAUGCUAGAGGGGUUUCGUAUUCACUUAUCCCGUAAACACCUGAGACGCAUUAAUGCCUGGCAGAUUCCAUCAACUGAACCUCAUGACAAGAGAUUUUCAAAUAGAGUGUACAACCUGAUCCUUCGUACCGUGUCAGUUCUCAUAUUUGACAUGUGA